AUGGAAUCACCCGGAAACGAGCAUGUGGUGGGUGCCGCUGACCCCAACGACGUCGUUACACCCUUCUCCCACAGAGAAGAACCUCACAAUUCCCAACCGCUCACCGGCGACGGUGCCAGUCCCGGAAAGAUAUUUAUAGGAGGUUUAGCGAGAGAAACGACCAUUGCUCAAUUUAUCAAGCACUUUGGGAAAUAUGGUGAGAUCACGGACUCAGUCAUCAUGAAGGACAGGAAAACUGGGCAACCUCGCGGAUUCGGGUUUAUAACGUACGCGGAUCCCUCAGUGGUUGAUAAAGUCAUUGAGGAUCCUCAUGUCAUCAAUGGAAAACAAGUUGAGAUUAAGCGGACGAUACCAAGGGGAGCUGUUGGCUCUAAGGAUUUUAGGACAAAGAAAAUUUUUGUAGGUGGAAUUCCUUCAAAUGUGACUGAAGAUGAAUUUAGAGACUUCUUUACUCGCUAUGGUGAAGUGAAAGAUCACCAAAUAAUGCGGGACCACUCCACCAACCGAUCUCGUGGCUUUGGGUUUAUCACAUUUGACUCUGAAGAAGCAGUUGAUGAUCUUCUAUCCAUGGGGAACAAAAUUGAAUUUGCUGGAGCUCAGGUGGAAAUCAAGAAGGCUGAACCAAAGAAGCCAAACUCAGCACCUCCAUCAUCGAAGCGCUACAACGACUCAAGGUCUUCAUACAGCAGUGGUGGAUAUGGAGAUGCUUAUGAUGGAUUUGGUGGCAGUUUUGGAGUUGGGGGUGGUUAUAGGUCAGCUGGUGCUUAUGGUAGCGGUAGGGGUGGUGCAUAUGGUGCCUAUGGAAGUGAAUUUGGAGGUUAUGGAGGAUAUGCUGGUGCAAUGGGGCCGUACAGAGGAGAUCCUUCGCUUGGGUAUGCUGGUCGUUAUGGUGGAAGCUUCAGCAGAGGGUAUGAUCUAGGUGGGUAUGGCGGACCUAGUGAGAAUUAUGGGGCAUAUGGUGGGGGUGGUGGUUCUUCUGGUGGUGGCGGUGGUGGUGCCUAUCAAAGUGGCUAUGAUGGCAACCUAGGAGGUGGAUAUGGAGGAGCUAGUGGAGGUCCCUUCUAUGGGAGCAGUAGAGGUGGUUAUGGUGCUGGCCGAUACCAUCCUUAUGGAAGAUAA